AAUAUUUUGUUAGUUAGAACUCUGAUGCAGUAAAUUAUCCAAUAACUGCGUGGAGUAGGGAGAUUCGCCAGAGAUGAGCGACUCACAAGACCGUGACACAAGUGUUGUUUGACAAAAUAAAUAACAGAUCAACGGGAAAUACCGUACGUUGAUUGGUCAAAACAUAGUGACGUCAAUUCUCGGAAAAGGUAGGGGACUCCCCAAAAUAUCAUGUGAAAGCUAGAAAGUGCCACUUUCCUCGACACUCAACUGAAACGUAAGCUGCAAAGAGUACAGAAGUCUCUUCCAUUUGAAACAAAGGCUUAAGAUUUUUUCACUACAAAGUCGCAGUACCUUUACUCAAGACAUUAUUCCGCAGCAAUUUCAUGAUGCCAGCGGAAAGACUUCGGCUUCGCGCAUGGAUUGAAAAACAAGCAGACAGCGGAAAGCUACCGGGUCUCGAGUGGGACGACCGAGAGAAAGGCAUCUUCAAAGUAUCGUGGAAGCAUGCCUCAAGGCAGUGCUGGUCCUACCCUAAAGACGCCUGCGUCUUCGAAGGUUGGGCCAUACACAGUGGUCGCUACAGGAAAGGACACGACAGACCUGAUCCGCGGCGUUGGAAGGCGAAUUUUCGAUGUGCUCUGAACGCCCUCCCGGACAUCGUCGAGCUUCCAAAUCAAGGAAUAGCACGAGGCCAAGACGCUUAUAAAGUCUAUCAGAUAGUGAAGAAAACAGCCAAGAAAGACUUACAUAACAAACGACAAAAUAAGGCGCCUACAGCAUGUGCCUCAACCAGCACUGUUACAACUCCAAAUGUGACACCUCCGACGAGAGAACACUCCUCAGCAAAGAGAGCGGCUAGAAGUGAUCCUGGCCCGAUGAGGAACAGGCAGAGUAUAGGGGAAACACCAAGGAAGGCUCCUUAUUACCCUCUAUCGGGUACUAAACCCUUCAAUGGCUUUGGGUUUUGGCCAACCUUUCACACCUGGCCACAUCUGUUGGAUCACGAUUACAUGACCCCAUGGUUCGACCCAAGGCCUGAAAUGAAAGACAUUGGCGUUAUGACUCAACCAGGUAUUAAACAGGAACCUUUGUCUCCAGAUGAUGGGAUGAUGCCUUCAUGCUCACGAGACCUUAAUGAAUUGGAUGAGAGUUCCACAGAGGGCGCCAAAGUAAUAGUCAAAGAGGAAGACGAAGUCCCCAGUGAUCAAGAAAUCAUCGAUUUGGUGGACCAAAUGUCAGAGCAGAGUGGGUCUUCACUUGACGAAAUGGAAGGAAUGGAGGGUUCCAAUGAUCCUGAACAAGAGUUCGCUGACGAGUCUUCUUCUCCAAAGAAGGGCCCUCCAUUGCAGUUGGUCUUGAAGUCCGAGGGCUCAACUAACUAUGGGAAUGAAUACUCUGCUACCCUUCCUUUGACACCAGACUCCACUCGGGAAAUUUUAAGCGUCAUUAACAGAUCGUAAGACAGUUAAGAACUCUUGUCGAGAUUUAAGUCAGUACAGUAAGCUUUAAUAAGCAAAGGGAAUGAAUUUUCUCACAUGAUAUAGGAGAGCAAAAUAAAUGAUUAUAAGAGGGCAACUUAUGACCGGCAUGAGUGACCAUCCUCUUCAGUGGAUGCCGGCCCAAAGGCGACAAACGUAGUGACUGCCAAGACUUCUAUCUUCGUAGGUUUUGUGUCAUUUUUGUUCAGGUUUAGCAGUUCCCUAUGCUCACAGAUUGUUUGAUAUAGUAAGAAUCCGGUAAGUAAUGUAUUUUAAAUUGAAUUAAGUUGAGUGGUAGAUACAUCAGCGACCGUUUUGGAAUUUAAACCUCUCUGUCAUAUAACUCUUUCAAGGAAAGCUCAGAUUUUCUAGAAAUGAUCACUUCUAUCGAAAAAUUAGUGGUAAUUCAUCUUCAAUCACCCGCAGAUAUUUUACCACCAAUGUGUACAUGCUUGGCAUGUGCUGGCACAAAGCAGUUCUUGGAUUAAGUGGCAGACAUCACCAAAUUUAGAAAGAGUUUACUUGUUGUUUCAUCCAGUCAUAUUUUUUGUGAAAAAACUUUUGAUCAGUUGUUGAGUAAAAAUAAUUUGAUAAUUAUUGAAAUUGAGUACGAGAGAAAUUGUGGUAGUACUUCCUUAUGUAAUGACUGAAACUUAGACAUCAUCCACAUUACCGAACCCUGUAAGAAUGGUCAGUGUCAAGUUUCCUUAUCACCUCGUUUGUAGUCUAUAAUUAGGUUCGAAACUGUACGUUAAGCUCCGUCGGAGUGUAAUUCUGUCAUGGAAAAUAAACGAAAUGUGUUUA